AUGCACACACCUGCUCUAAAGAACCACUGGCCAGAAAGUAGCACUGAACCCCACAUAGAAAGCAUCACCGUUGAUCAGAACCAAAUGGACUUUUCAGCAGUGGUCUCCAAGGAGGGUGUGAUGACUCAGACCCCCAGAAAGAGCCACACGUCUUCAGAUGCUCCAGAAAACUUCAUUCCACAAACUGAAGCUGCAGAUGCCAGAGGAAGAAAUGACUCUUCCAGGAAAACAAAUCUCACCAUUUCUUCUGUUGGGCCUGACACAGCCACAGCUCUAACUUCCCAGAGCCUCACCGUAGCAUCGGGAGAUCUUCACUCGCCGUCCAGUUCAGGGUCAGAAGGAAGAGCUGCCCCUUCUCCCGACGAAAGCAGAACAUCCCAAGGGUUCCUGGCAAGAGGAAAGGUGCUCCCAGAAGAAGUGACCGCACAUGCCCAAGCGGCUGCCACUUGGGGUUUCGGCCAGUCCCUUCCUCCUGCUUUGGAAAUGGAAGAGGAGACCACACUCUCCAGGAAGAGAAAUUCCUCAGGACCAGCGCUCUCCUGGACACACUCCUCCGAGACACUGGCUCGUUCCCCUCCCUCAGCCCACCUCGGAACUUCUGGAAGCACGGAGAUGCUUAACAAUUCCACUACUUUCCGAAGUGCCUCAAUGAAUGGGACGGAGAGUGUGCAUGUUACCACCACGGUCCCCAGUGGUGUCCCAGGGAUGCUCCAGUCUUUAACUGGCAGUCCGCCACCUCUAAAUGAGACAGAGAGUUCCCCCAAGGACUCAGAAAUUGCCACGACUUCAGUAUCAGUUCAUUCUUCAUCCAAGGCUGAGUUGAGAAGAAACAGCGGAGUAAUCAGGAAUCCAGGGGCUGGGGAAUUCAUUGAGCCGUCCACAGAAGAUGGAUUUGGCCUCACAUCUUCUAGGGUCUCAGUGGGAUUCUUGCAAAAUGACUCCUCAACCUUGGGAAGAGACCAGCUUGCGAGCAGCUCCGACAUGGAGAAUAGAAGCCCCAUGUCUCAGACUGAGACCGUGUCUAGGUCGGUCCCGUCAGGCAGCAGCGGAGACAGCACAGCACGCUGGUUCUUGACCAACAGCAAGACGUUUGCAGAUGUGACAGGAAGCUCCACUUCCUAUCCUGAAGUUGUGAACGCCUCGGUGUUGACCCAGUUCUCAGCCUCUGUGUCCCAGUCUAGAGGAAGUGACACGGCCCUGGACGACAGGAGCUACUCUGAGCCAGCCACCGAGUCUUUGUCCUCAUCCUCCUCAGAAAGUCUGGAUUUCUCAGCCCCACGUGGUGAACGCUCAACCACCAAAGACGGGCCUGAGCCUGGAGGCAGUUCUGUGUCUGAGGAGGGGACUUCCGAGGCCCCUCGCCCGCACACUGCAGCUACUUUCCCGGGGACCGGAGAGCGCACGCUGCGAUCUCUCACCAAUGAGAGCACAACUUCUGCAGAAGUGGGGCACUCUGUGGUGGCCGGAGAAACCGAGAGUGCCACCCAGCACGGGAAUGCAACUGUGACUGGUGAUGCCCACCUGGUGUCGGGCUCCCUGGCGGCCUCACCAGCCCUGGGAGUCACUGGAAUUAACUAUGAUCAAGUGAGUGGCACGGACUUUGAACAGAAGGUUUCCAGCGACUACACAGACCACACCUAUGUCUCCUCUACUUUCACCAAAGGAGAACGGGCAUUGCUGUCCAUUACAGACAACAGCUCAUCCCCGGAUGUAAGGGAGAGUUCGACCUCUUCUGCUAAGAUCUCAAACUCUUCACAUGCAGACUAUUCUUCCUCUUCUCAGGCUCAGACUGAAAGAAGCAAUGUGUCAUCCUAUGAAGGGGAGUAUGCCCAGCCUUCCACUGAGUCUCUGGCUCUGCGCACGGCCAACCUUCCGUCCUACACAUCCACCGUUAACAUGCCAAACACGCUGGUUCUUCUGGACACGGAUGCUGGAUCGAUUGGCAAUUCUUCUUCUUCUUCGGGGCCCCCUUUGCCCCUGCCCUCAGUACCCCAGUCCCUCCAGUCAUUCUCUUCAGUGUUACCAUCGACCAGGACCUCUACUUUUCUACUGCAGUCCACUCCCCACGCGCCCACACCUGUGUCUUCCUCACCAGCGUCUCUGACAGCAUCUACCCCUGCCUCACCAUCCACCUCCCAAACAGCCCCACCACCUUCACCUUCUACCCUGGUCCUGCCUGUGACUCCAGUUCAGACGGCGACAAUGGCAUUGUCUGUGGCAGUGCUCCCCAGUAGUCAAACAGCAGAUCCUAAGAACCAGAGUAACUCAUACCAUGAGAAAGUCAUUACAGAGUCAAAGCCACCGAGCCUGGAGUCCCUGUCCACAGAGGCCACCGAAGCUGUAAUGAUGUGGUCUACAUCAGGGGUCCCUAUGCCCUUGGCCUUCACGGAGUCCUCCACUGAGCAAACCCUUCCAGCCGCCAGCACCGGCAUCACCCAAACGUCUCCAGCUUUGACAACCACCCUUCUUGAGACCUCUCAUCCCCCCAGCCCUGCGUCAACCACAGCAGCCCUGAUGGCCGACCCCACAACAGUCCAGACUGCUGCUGGAAAACAGCUCUCACCAACCAGCCUUGAAAUUCCAACACCACAAAUCUCAACAGAACGUGUGGUCACCACAGAAAGCCGAGCCCACGUAGAUGCUACUACCCAGCUGGUGCCCCUGACCGGUGUACCCUCAUCAGCGAAAGGACUGACCACGGGACUCGGUGUGACUGAAGAGUACAGUCCGGCUUCACACUUCCUCAGAACAUCUCCUUCUCCCCAGACCACAGGCGUCUCCACGGCCGAAGUAUUGACUCCUAGAUCUACUACCCUCGCUGCUCGGGGCAGCACGCAACCACCGACAGCACCGUCAUCGGCAGCUCCAGUUUACAAGUGUGCCACUAACCCUUGUCUUCAUGAUGGGAAAUGCUCUGUGGACUCCAGCAGCCGUGGGUAUCGAUGCGUGUGCUCACCUUCCUGGCAAGGCGAUGACUGCAGUGUGGAUGUGAAUGAAUGCCUCUUGAACCCCUGUCCACCCUUGGCCAUGUGCAACAAUACUCAGGGAUCCUACACCUGCAAAUGCCCCGUUGGGUACCAGUUGGAAAAAGGAAUAUGCAAUUUGGUUAGGACCUUUGUGACAGAGUUUAAAUUAAAGACAACGUUUCUCAAUACCACCACGGAGAAGCAUCCAGACCUACAUGAAGUUGAAAAUGAGAUCACCAAAACACUAAAUGUGUGUUUUUCAACGUUUCCUGGUUACACGGGAUCCACAGUUCAUGCUUCUAGGGAGUCCAGUGCAGUGGUCAUGUCCUUGCAAACGACCUUCUCCUUGGCCUCCAAUGUGACGCUGUUUGACCUGGCUGACGGGAUGCAGAAAUGUGUCAACUCCUGUAGGGCCCCUGCUGAGCUGUGCCAGCUCCUGGGAUCUCAGAGGCGGAUCUUCAGAGCGGGCAGCUUGUGCAAGCGGAAGACUCCAGAAUGUGACAAAGAGACCUCCAUCUGCACUGACCUGGAUGGAGUCGCCCUGUGCCAGUGCAAGUCGGGCUACUUCCAGUUCAACAAGAUGGAUCACUCCUGCCGAGCAUGUGAAGAUGGAUAUAGGCUUGAAAAUGAAACCUGUAUGAGUUGCCCGUUCGGGCUGGGCGGUCUCAACUGUGGAAACCCCUAUCAGCUGGUCACCGUGGUGAUCGCAGCGGCAGGAGGCGGGCUUCUCCUGAUUCUGGGCAUCGCGCUGAUUGUUACCUGCUGCCGAAAGAGUAAAAAUGACAUAAGCAAACUCAUCUUCAAAAGUGGAGAUUUCCAAAUGUCCCCCUACGCUGAGUACCCCAAGAACCCUCGCUCACAGGACUGGGGCCGAGAAGCUAUUGAAAUGCAUGAGAACGGAAGCACCAAAAACCUCCUCCAGAUGACGGACGUGUAUUACUCGCCCACAGGUGUAAGGAAUCCUGAACUUGAACGAAAUGGACUCUACCCGGCCUACACUGGACUGCCGGGAUCACGGCACUCCUGCAUCUUCCCUGGACAGUAUAACCCAUCUUUCAUCAGUGAUGAGAGCAGGAGAAGAGACUAUUUCUAAGUGCGGAAGAGAGAGGGAGGGCCCACUGCUCUGAGCAACUUGCGGGACCUCGGCUGCUCGAAGGACUGCACCAGGGGGCCGCGAAUACUGGCUGCUCCCAGGACUCGCGGAGCCACCCGUGAAUGGCAAGCAGGAAGCGAGAGGGGCGUGAGGGGCGUGGCCACAGUGGAAGGGGACAGCAGGAUGCGCUGACGCAGACGUGGAACUGCGGGCUUCUCGUUAGGCACCUUUGCCGUCACUGUGAACGCAGGCCGGUACCAGGAGUCGCUGAGUUCAGCAGCCGCCACCGCCAAGGGCUGUUAGCCAGGGCACAUGGUCAGGCACCUUCACCAGGACCCAGUCUUUCUUUCCUUAGUUUGCACUUUAGUAAAUUGGGUAGGGAGGCUUCCUUUCGGAUUUGUUUCAAGAUUUGCAGAAAGAAGGCCUCUCUUCCUCAGACACUUCCACAGGCCUCAGUUGGGUGGUGAUUAAUUUAUGUCAGAGUACUGGCUGUUUCCUUGUUUUCCUGCCCAGUAUCUACAUGCUGAACAACAGACGAGGAUGCUGAACAUAUGACUAAGGUUUGGGGAUGCUGUGGGGAGCGUACAGUGUUCUCGUAGGCUUCUCCGUCCUCUGCAGUUUCCAAACCCACCCUCAGAAUGAGGGGUUGAAAUUUAUGAGGCCUGGCACACACUCCACUUGGUUUUUUAGUCAAGGUGACACGUUUAUUUAGGAUUAUUUUUUCCCUCUGCAGUUAAAUCCCACUUUUUCACGUAAGUCUAGGUCCAGGCAGAACAAGUUCCACGUGGUUCUCAGUCGAGGCACCCGGCUGCCUGUGGUGAGGCCCAGCAGUGGGCCCAGGCGCUGGGUCGGGGCCCCGAUGGGGGGCUCACAGAGCCGCAGGCGGUGGGGCGCUUCUCCUCCCUGGACGCCUCGCCCCCACCUUAGAGCUACACCUAUCUGCAAUAGAAAUGGAGAGCAGAUGCAGAUUGGGGCCGAGGGGUGCACCACCACUAAUGGAAAAGCAGCUUAAGAGGAGUAGGCUGAUGGGGCGAGUUCGGUUUCCUGAAGCCCCAGUGCUUUGGGAGCCAUGUGGGUUCCUCAGGAAGACUGGGCGGCUGGGACGGAGCCGCGCAGCCGCGAGUCUGCUUCCCUCCCAGCGGCUUCUCUGUAUCCCGGAUCUUGUCCACCGACUCCAUGCAAACUUUCAGCCCACUGCUCAAAGCUGUUUGUUCACUGAAGAAAUAACUUAUUUUUACUCAAGCAGUAAUUUGUACCUCUUUAUAUUACUGCAUAGUUCCCUCCAGAAACAUAAUUUAAGUCAGCACUGGAGAACCACAGACUUGCAGCCAGUUAAGGAGUUGAGAGGUUGCCUUUGGGAAGGAAAUUCCACACGUCUUAUUUAUUAGGUUUGUGACAUGGGUCCUGUGAGGAGGGGGCAUCCUCCGUGCUCAGCGUCUUUAACUGCUUCUUGGGGAACUGCGAUUGUUCUCAUCCCCUGCUUUGGAAACCUCCUGUCUGGAGAUGAGAACACAGUGGUUAAAGAAUUGUUCCCACCCUGAAGCUCAGAGCUCCGUGGCACCCACAUUUCUGGAAGCAGUGUAACCUCUGGGUCAGUUCAGUCUUGGGCGUGGUGGCUCCUUCAGAGUUCUCUUUUCAGAAUGUGUCUAAUCCUUAUCGUUAGGUAAUCCUUGUCCUAACAGUGUUAAGUGCAAACUCCUGUGCCCCGUGGUCUCCAUGAGGCUCCAGCACCCUGCCGCAGCAGGAACACAAGUCAGGUGUGAUGCUUUUAGUCGUUAAAUUGCACUCCUCUCCCGAGAUACGCAGAGAAUUCCGUUUUUGUCAGUUGGAUGCCAACUUAACAUUUCAGAGCAUCACCUUUCUGAAGUCUUGGGUCUUGCCUCUGUCUGAGGAAGCAAACAGCCUUUGUGCCUCCUGUCUCACACCUGGCUGGAGAGCUCCGAGCUCCUGUACCCCCCUCACCCCAGCCAGCAGACCCGGCUACCUCCCGAGGAGCCUAGCUUCCCAGCUCUUGGUGCAGAUCCUAGCUCCUCCCGGGACCCAGAGCCCGGCGGGGAGCUCUUCCCAGGCUUACUCGGCUAAGGGGGUUGGAUGACAUCACAACUGACAAAUCAUCUCCUGUGUCAGGACCAGAAGCUAUAAGCUCCACAAAAUGAAGUGUUCUGUCUCAAGAGCAUUCUUGGGAAGAAUCCCAAAGUCCAGGAAACAGUAUCCUGUGAGUUUCAAGAAUGCUUUCCUGUGAGUACAUUUUGUGUACAUAAAAUGGAUUAAGAAUAUUGUUUUUCUUUUACUGUGAAAAACAGAGGCCCUGUAUAAUGUUAAGGUCAUAUGUAUCUUAUUUCUAGGAGGCUGUGGGGUUGGGGAAAGUGUAUCUCAAAAGCUUGAGGGUCUAAGAACGUAUGCAAAUAGCAUGGCUGUUAUCCCGGGCCAGCUGCCACCUGAGUGAGGAAGGUAGAGGCUUGCUUCACCCCUGCCUGGGGUUAAUACCUCCUGAAAGACCCUGCCCGGGCCAAGGGCAAACCCCCAAUAGGACAGCAGCAGCUGCUGGACUGAGGGGACAGGGCUGGGGGCCCCCUGGCAAGCAGAAGCUCUCAGAUCCCCCACAGGUGCUCAGUGUCAGCCCCUGCGCCUGGAAUGUGGGUUCGUGCCCACAGAAAUGCCAUGGCCCUGCCUCACUGGGGCCCCACAGACGAAGGUGGAAGGGAAGAGUGACACUCAACUGCUCCUGGGAGACUUACACUUCUGCAGGGAGAGCUGGCCACAGGGAAACCUUGCGUCCUAUAGCAAGUGGAAGCACUCUGCCGGGACCCCCAGAGCAGGAUGGGGAUCACCUGCCAGCCUCCUGGCAGCUGGGGGUUUUGUUUAAACUCCAGGGGGUCUUAUUUCUCCUGUUUUUUCCUCUCUGCCACAUGAGCCAACCCAGGACACUGGAGAUGCCUUACUAAGUCUACCUGUCACAGCCAGAAUCUCUGGUGUUCCCAACAUGGCCAGGCUCUGUGCACGGCCCCUGGCCUCACUCACCACACCCUUGCGGAGUGUGCACGAGAGUGCCCAUGUCUCAUAUGUGCUAAACUUUCAGAGAGGAAAAGUCUCUUGCCUCGGAGAGCCAGGAUUCAAACCGUUCUGUCUGCCUUGCUAUCAUGGUGAAUUACUCACCGUCUAAAUGUACCUUAAAUGUCAAAGAGGGCAUGAGAAACCAGGCUUAAAAUAUACUUAAAAACCAAACAAAACCGUUAUAAAGCAUUAACUAAUGACAUGAAACGCAAAAAAAAAAAAAAAAAAAAGUUGAAUCCUUUGGGAAAAAGUCCUCUUGGGUUUGUUAUCGCACGUAUCUCUUGGACACUUGAGGUCAUCAUUAAGGAAAUAGUGGCUGCCCUGUGCUAAGAAAGACGCGUGCUGGUGCGUGGCUUUGGGAGCAGGAAGGGUGGGGUGAUGGCCCCGGUUUCUGACAAACAGCCGGACUUAGGUGUCCAUCUGAGGACGGUUUGGCCUUGCUCCCGUGGUAAGGCUGUGGCACCCGUAUACCAGAAGCAUAUUUUUGUGAAGGUUAUCAGAAAUUGGGAACGUAUUCAGUUGAAUGUCUUAAAUGCUGACAAAUCUUCCUCCUUUGACAAAAUUUUACUUUCAGAAGCAGCUAAGUCACUGAGAGCCAAAUUGUUGAAUGGGGAGUGGAAUCAAGCUGGCUGAUAGCAUUUGAAAUGAUAAACAAAGAUGCGAGUAUUAAGUUCUCGAAGAGGCAAUUCUUAAAAUGUUGGCCCAAACAGAAGGGCAGUGUCUUGGCAAGACAAAGCUGGAUGGCUGCCCAAAAAAAUGUUUUGAAGGACGACGUUCAUUCAGAUGUGAGAGUCCCCAGAGCAGGCACACGGGCCGUCCCUCACACGUGGCUUUAUGGGGCCUCCGUGAAGCCAUCUUGCCUGCUGGGAAAGUGCCCAGGUGCCCGGUAACUCUGGGAACUUUGCCGAAAGAAACCAAAGCUGAGCAUUCUAGUUGCUCCUGGUUUAGGUCAGCCCAGCACAGCUCUAAGUAGGGUUGAGACCCGUAGAUCUAAGAUACUGACGCUGAUUUCAAAGCAAGAGCACUUCCUUGGAGACAAGAAGAAUACAAAGUUCAGUAUUUCAGUAUUUUCUAUCUUCUUUAAAACUGCUCUUAAUAUCAGAGAUAUUUUUUCUAUGUGAAGACUUCUGUGGGGAUCAAAAGGGACAUGUCCUUUCCUCCUUCUUGACAAAGCAUCAUUCUGAGGUUCUCAUGUGCAUUUUUGGAAACCGAUAUGGUUUUGUAGAGUUGUCUUUUGAGUAUGUGUUCUUUUUUUUUUUUUCUUUUUCUUUUUCUCUUCUGAAAUCCUCAGAGAAGGAAACUGGUUAAGAUACUAGAAACAUCAAAGUAUUAAAUGUCAGUGAAUUUGUUGUGCUAAAAUAUCUUUUCAGUAGUGUUCUAAUGUAUCCUCGCUGGUUUCAUAGGCUCACUGAAAAGCCUAUGAAACCAAGGGGGACAAUUUAGGUUUACAAAGGGACAGAUCUUAGACCAGCUUUGUCCCUCUGCAUUUUUUAAGAGGCUUUCAAAGGACUUGCGUAUUAGAUUCUGGUUUUAUCAUCUAUAUAUAUUCUUUGGACAUGCCGUGCAGGUGCAGAGUUCUUGUGGAAGAAGGAUGGGACUGGACAGAGGGGGGUGGAGCCAGGUCCACCUGGAAAACUAACACAGAUUUCUGUAUUACCUUGGCCUGUUUCUUUUUUUUAAAAAAAAAGUCUUUCAUCAUGGGUUGCUGUGAGUUUCGUUACUGUGUGUGUUGCUGGAUUUAUGGUUAAAUGAAGCAUGUAGCUGGAAUAUGAACUUCUGGAGUUUUCACAUUGUCCCGAAUUUCUUUUUGCAAACCUUUAAACCUUAGCCCCUGGUUGGUUGUGUUAAAACCAUUAUGAGAAUGUUAUUUAAAGUUGUAUUAUAAUUGCAACCUCCACUAAUUAUUCAGUACUGUAGCAGCAAAGUAUUAUUUGUAAGAAUUUGGUUAUUUUUAUACUUAUUCCUACUUUAAGUCUGGCGUUCUAGUCAGUAAAUGAUGCAAUAAAAUGAAUAUCAUUUUC